AAGUUAGGAUUAUCACGAAAUUCAUAGAAAAUGGAAUUCUUGUGGUAAGGUACAAAGUUCGUACUAAGUGAAAAAGUCUACAAAUAUGUGAAUCGCGUUUGGUUUUUCAUUACCGUGCUGCUUUCGACUCUGGAUUUUAUAACAUUUCAAAUUUUAUCAUCUUAAUUGCCUAAAUUGGCACUAGACAUCUUUACGGUUCAGACAAAAGAAGUGAGAUCAGAAUCGGUAAUAUUAAUUACCGCAUCUCUAUUUGAUACGUACUUCGACUUUCAUCCGAGAUUAUAAACCGCGUAAAUUAGGGAAGUGCGCAGGAUCUCACGCUUCUGUUCGAGUCGUCAAGAAACCAUAAACGUAAAUGUCAAAAUACGCGAUAUACGCCAACACCAAACAUGGCGGAACGGAACGACAGAAGUCAAUUGCCACCUGGCUGGGAGUGCAGAUACGAUGUUCGAAGUGGCAAAGCGUAUUACAUAAAUCAUUUCAACAAAACAACAUCAUGGGAAGAUCCUCGCGUGCGGUAUUGGCAAUAUGCUCAAUACUCGCAGGCGCAGAAUUCCGCGUCACCCAGUCCAGCAACUUCGACAACAUUGCCAGAGUCUAUACCCAUGCAGAGUGGUGGAAGUGGUGGAGCUGGUAGUUAUCUGGGAUAUGCAGGAACUCAUAGGGUGCCACAGGUGUAUCCAACACCGUCACCUUAUCGUAAUCCACAACCUGCGUUUUUAUCACCAGGUGUGCAGGAAUUCAAGACUCCAAUGUCAUCAAGACCAAUCAGCGCGAUGACGAACAGAUUAGGUGAAUUGACAAUUAACUCGACAACACCUGUUAGAAAUAUGGAGACUAACUUGAACCAAAAUGUGGACACAGAGGUUCAAGUAGCUAGGAUCAACGCUAUGUUCCCUACUGUCUCAGAUACUCACAUUCGACUGUUAUUAAAAAAAUACCACAACAGAGCAGCGGUAGUGGUGAGUGCUCUUCAAGUUGAAAAGCAUCCUCUAUGCGCACCGGGACCUUGUACACCUGUGGCGGUACAUGCGCCCAAUGCUAUACCACGAUGGCGCCUUCCAGCUCACGCCAUACAUGCUGCGCUGACUUUAAGUCCGCCUCGAGGGGGCAGGCAACCCCCUCAUUCCCCAAAAAUGAAACUUAGGUACCUGAAAAAUGUAUUUCCAAAAGCUGAUGAAACGAUUCUGCUCGAUAUUUUGGAACAAAGUGAUAACAAUGUACAAAAGGCAUCAGAAAAACUGAUCGAGCUCGGAUACGAGAAGCGCAGCCCCACUGGCCCCUCCAAACCAUCAUUGAAGAAGCAAACAGAUGAACAAAAUCGUACUGAACAACCAGUGCCGACUCCGCCUCCACGAAUGAGGAGCCUUGAGGAAAAGAAUAAGAUGAAAACGCGUUUGAUGGAUAAAUAUAAAGCUGUUCCGGACAAAGUCAUAAUGUUGGCAAUGGACAGCGUUGAUUACGACGAAGAGAGGGCAAUCCAUAUCCUGGACAUAAUGGUGGCCGAAGAAGCUACACAAACACCUAGAACAUCAAGUGGACACAGCAAUCGCAGUGACGAACAAAAAAGCAGUGCGCCAAUAACUGAGGCUAUAAAAUUGACGGCAUCGCCAAUUAAACAAAUGAAGUAUCCAAACGUAGAGAAGACUAAACGUUCUAAGAAUAGAAUUGAUACACCAAAGAUGCUAAAAAAUUCUUGCAGGAUAUCUCGUGGAACUAGCACAACAGAGGAUAAAGAGUACAAGUCUCCUUACUUGACUAGACCUACUGGACCCAAUCCAGAUUUCAGAAAGGGGCCCAAUGACAAUUUCUUAUUAGCUGAUUAUAUGCCAUGGGCAGGUCCGGAUGCAGCGCUCUUAAUAUCUGAGACUAGUAGGUCAUUGGCAGUUGGUCCUAACCGUGCAUUGGUAACAGGAAGUUGCGCGAAAGUAGUUGGGCCAAAUUCUGCUUUUAGCAAAGGUCCAAUACGAGGACUAGCUCAAGGUUCUAUAUAUUCUCAACGAAAUGCUGCUAAUAUCGAGAGUCGAGGCAAAUGAAACAUGUUUAAUUGCUUUUUUUGAAUUAGUACAGUACCGAAACAUGAAAACGCUCUUAUAAUGCGUUGUAGUAAAUACUCAAUGGGUAUAAGCCAUACUGGUAACAUUAACAGAUAAAUUCAGUUACUGGUAUUACUUACUUCUAACUGAAAUUCCAUCAAUAUCUUCACACCAAAGAAUGAAAUCGUGUAUUAUUUUGAACAAGAUCUGUUGCUCCAUGUUUGCCAUAAGAAUUAUAUUUUGAUGUCGAUUAAUUUUUUAGAGAAGAAAUUUUAUUUUUCUUUAUAAUUAUAUAAUAUUUUUAUUUUAGCUUAUUAAUUAUUUUCUGAUAUUAAUAAUGAUAACAGUAAUCUCAUGCCAGCAUAUGAAACUUUGCAUAGGUCUUUCCGUUAUAAUACAGAUGUUCAAAUUUUGUAUACCAUAGUUUCAUAUUUUUCAGAUUUCCACUUUGUUACGUCAUUGUUAUUACUUAUGUUGAAACUUAUUAAAUGAUUUAUUUACAGGUUGUUAUAUGCGUUAUUAUUCUGUAUAGUAUCGUUUUAAAUGUAUUUGUGAUCGUAGAGAAUAACAACCAAUAAAUCUUACGUUAUUCUAAUUAUAAAAAUGUAUAAACAUCUUACAUAGCAUUAUGUAGUUCGAAUGUACAUGCUUAGUGUACUAAUGUUAAAAAAGGACUAGUCAGUAAGAAAUGUAUCACUUUUGAAGACUUACUUAUUCAAUGGAUUUAAGUAAUUUGAGCAUAGAAUUUGUCACGUCUGCACAUUUCUAAAGCCUGAAACCCAACUUGAGAAUCUCAGUUUCGAGCCAAAGCGUAAGUUGAAAUAAUUUAUGGGUGUAGGAGAAAUAGAAUCUUCCAACCAGUGUCAGAAAAUAAUAUUUUCUAAUAUUCCAAGCCUCUUACCAAGUCUUGCUACUUGUUACAAAUAUAAAACACAGCUUUUAGACAUAUACGUACAUGCAUACAUAUCUACAAUAUUCGGUAAAAAAAUUGUAAAGAUAAUCGUCGGCAUUGUAAAUCUGCACUCGGAACAUUUUUCGUGUGCAUAAUUUUGACGAUAUUGCCAAUUAUAGAUCAAUGAGGUUUGCAGAGACUAUUGAAUGAGACUGUUGGAAGACAUUAGUUAUAAUUCGUAAUCAAGUGAGAAUAAAAUCCCUCCUUUAAAUUGUAUGAAAAUUUCGUUAAGAAACAGUGUGUUCUUUACAAUGUCAUUUUUGCUGCAUCAGUAAUACUUCCCUAAGUUGCAAAUAGUUAACUGAAAUAAAAAAAUUAGUCGAAGUCAUUGGAAUGGCACUUAAUUCCAAUAAUAUUGGAUGAAUCUUGUAAACUUGCUAUGGUCGCAUUUGUAUGACUUCUAGUAACUUUUAUCUGAUUGUUACACAAAAUUUUGCCUACAGAAUUAAAAUAUAGGUAGAAUAAGACGUCCAGUUAUGUGUAAUGCAUAGCAGUUUACAUUCUAGAUGAUACAUUCCCAUCCAAUGUUGAAUAUUAAUUAUGAAUUGAAAAUUCUCUAUUUUGCCAAUACAUGCAUAAAUCUGAUUGUUAUAUAGAUAAAAAAAUGUCUUGUUAUUUAUGAGGAGGAAAGACAUGUGUAAUACUACGUGUGAAACAAAUUGUGCCAUAGUUGAAAUGAUGAAGAGGUAUUUUUCUUAUCUUGAUCCAAAUAUAAUCCUGCCUUCAGAAAACUUAAUAUACAAUAUUUGUAUGUGAAUACUAAAUAUGAUAAAUAAGGGAGGGCUGUGGCUGAAAUGUUAGUAGGUCAGAGCUAUUUUUAUAGCUUAUUCUUUUUUGACGAAACUAAGAUGGGUGAAAUAAUAUAUUUUGACUAUGUAUUUACGUACUAUCGCAUAUGGCUAAGUAUAUAAAGGUGUGGGAUGAUUCUUGACUUUAACAUAAUUCUUGAUAAGUGUCUGCAAGGAUGUAACUGUCCUUCUCUAUUCAAAAUUAUUAUGUCACUACAUAUUCAGAUAAUUCAACGGGUGAAUGUUGUAAUACGUAGUUCCAUUUUGUUAAAGCGAUUCACAUAUUACCGGGAUCAGUUUGCUUUGAAAAACUUCAAAACAUUUUAUUUACAGCAAACGAAUAGGUCGUGAUGAUCACAUUAAUUUGCAAAUGCCCCACAUCUUAUGUACCUACGCCAAGCUCCUUAAAGAAUUAAUAAUUAGAAUAUAAAUACCUUAUAGUCUCAUGUAGUUGUAUUUCCGUAAAAUUCAAUAUGAAGAACAUUGUGAUCGUAUGGAAAAAAAUAUGAUUUUAAAUAUUAUUGACUCUUGUGUUUUAAAUCUUGUUAGUUGAAAUACACAACUAUAAACUGGUGCAAUAAUAACAUCAUUUGAAAUACAGUAGCAUGCUUAAUGUCAAAAUUGUGUGAAACUUGUAAUAAUUCGUCUUGUAUCAUAAGUAUAAAUGUUUGUUGACUUGUAAAGUUGGAAUUUUGUCAACAUUACUCAUUUUACUUAAUUCGUAUAUUUAAUUUUUCUGAAUAAUCUUUUAAAUAUUUACUUAUAUAGACAAGAAAUGCGUGAGAAGAUUACUCUCAGUUGCCAUUGUGACGAUCCACGGUGGAUCUUUUAAACAUUUUAGCAGUCAGCUAGAUGAUUUAAUACUCCUUAAAAAAUAUAAAAGCCAAAAGAGACAAACUACAAACCGUAAACGUUUAUCAAGUAUAAGAAGCAAGAAAGUACUAGUACCAAAAUGUUGUAUUCUAGUAUAAUUUACAAUUUUAUUGAUAAGCAUAAUUGAACAAGUCACUAAUUCUGUAGCAAUAAAACGCAGACAUUUAAACAUCUGCAUUUGUACCACAGUUAUCAAUGGUCAAAGAAAAUUGUAUUUCGUUGUAUACCUAUACAUAUCUGUGCAAUAAAAAAACUAUUUAAUCACACA